GCUAUUUGUUUUGAUACUGAUGGAUCUUCGUGUUAAUGAUCUGUUAUGAAUGCGAGAAUGAAAAUUCGAUGCUGGAAAGGAUACAGUAAACAAAAAAACAGCUGAUGCCAGGUGAAGUCGACGGAAAAUGAACACGGUUCAUUCGCGUGUGUGGGUGUGCAUAAGAAAGUCUUGAAAAAAAACAAAAUAAACGUUUGUAAGCCUACACAACAGUGUUUUUAUUAGGAUCUCAAGAUUUUGCCUUAAAAUUUAUAAUAAAAAAUUCACAUAAAUCAUGUCCACUAACACCUGCGAUACAAAGCGAGUUUUCGUGAAGCGCUGCAAAGUUGUCAACUGCAAAUCCAGCAGUGUGUCUAAUCCUGGCAUGUGUUUCUUGAAUGUACCCAAGAAUUCUUAUCGCAGGCGUGCCUGGAUGACGCUUAUGAAUCCAGACUCCCGGUCGAAAAAAAUAUCCAGUUUUCCGAGGAAGAUGUACUGCUGCGAACGACAUUUCGACCUAGAAGAAGACCUAGUCGACUACGAGGAUUACAAACGUAGUGGAAUUGUCUGCAAAAGGUACUUGAAGCUGAAAAAAGGGGUUCGCCCGCACAAGGAUUUACCCUAUCGAUCCGACAGUGAUAGCGAUUCCGAUGAUUCCGUAGAAUCACUGAAUACGGCAAAACGUCCGAAGCGGUUGAAAUCCAGCCAGGCCAGAGGGCGACCUCCCGGUAACACCGCUUCUUUGAAUGACGACCUAACACUACUGUUCGAGUGCGCCCCACUGUCUCCCGAAAUUAAGUCGGAAACAUCGUUGGAUGGAAUCACUAGGCCAGAUACACCUGAAGAUAUGAAUUACGAAAUCGAACUCGUUUCUGACACACAAGAUUCCAUGAAUUCCAGUUCCAAUUCCGUAGAAUCAACUCAUCCGGCUUGUACUGUUCCGAGUUGUGGAAACCCAUUUCCCCUAUGGACUGCACAAUUUCCACGGGACCCGAGUUUACGUCAGCGAUGGCUGGAAGCGAUUUAUGCGGGAACCGGUCAAAUAUUGCCACUGGAACCAGCCCCAGUGGUGUGCAAUUUGCACUUCUCGGAUAAAACGAUCUCGGUGGAAAACUAUCGGGAACCGACGAUCUACCAACACGAUGAUUCCCUGACGUUCGUUUCCUGCUGUCGGUUGUGUUCUUCCUUCGAAGAUUCGUCGAAAAUGUUUCAUUCAAGUCAGUGCCUGCUUCCAGGGCAGACAAUUAAAACGAUCGCGGACAAGUAUUUCAAAGCAUUUGAAGCGUCAAUCGAGUGCGCAGAAGAUGGAUUUUUAUGUGAAGGUUGCACAGUUCGUCUAGACAUGAUACAUUCCAUAUGGCUGGAGGUGAAUCAAGAAAUGGAACGGAACAAACAUUUAUUGGUAAAGAUGUCCAAAGAAACAAUUCUUCCAGUCUGUAAAACUUCACAGUCCCAGCAAGAGGAUAUCGUUAAGGAGGAAAUACUCUUGGAAACUUCUGGUCCGUCUUCGAUGGAUCAGGACUCGAACGAACCACAGUCCACUCAUCCGCCCAUUGUCAGCCUACGCUUGAAAGGAGUUACAGAUGAUGUCAUGCAAAAUGCAAUCAACCGCGUUCUGCAGGGAGGUGUCCUCCGCCAGGUUGCCACCGAAUAUGGAUUAUCUCAUCAGACUUUGUAUAGAUAUGUAAGGAAGCGCAAGAGCACUCAGGAGAAGUCGAGUCUACUACGUCCCGAGCACGAGAACUUCAACCAAGUGUUCACUAAGGAACAGGAAGCAAAUUUAGCCGAAUAUGUGAUACGAGUGAUUAAUCUGUUGUACGGAAUAUCCUACCGAAAUCUACGAAAAAUUGCGUUCCAGUACGCAAAGACAAACAAAAUCACGUACCCACACAAAUGGAACUGUGAACAAAUGACUGGAAUGGGAUGGGUAGUUGGAUUCUUGAAGCGAAAUCCGCAAAUCGCAGAACAGACUCCCAAGGGAUGCGACAUUUCCAAGAAUGCUACAUUCGAUUUAUCGCACAUUGAAGUAAGUUACUCGGCUUUGGAAAAGGCCUUCAAAAUACAUUCGACCUUCGCUGAUGGUACCCGACUGUUUUUGCUAGGAGAAGCGAACACUUUCAAACGAUAUCUGCCCACAUAUUUCAACAUCAUCCCAAUCAAGAUGUUUGUCAUAGCGAACCCCCUCGGGAAACGAAUUCCUCCCAUCAUAGUGUUUCCGACCACGCACAUACCCAAAUCCAAAAAGGCAUCAUCUGGGGUCCUUUGUCUCACCAGUUCUUCCGGGACCAUUACCCAGGAACUGUUCCCCGAAGUCGUGCAGCAUCUCUGCAACCAUAUCACCGCAUCGCCAGCAUCACCGGCCCUACUCGUCUGCGAUAACCACGAAGACUGGCUAUCCUCCUCAACGACGUUGAACCUGUGCGGCAGUAGCGGACUAAGCGUGGUAACACUGCCCCGCCAGUACACCAAGUCGGUGCAAGCCCAACGCGGCAACAUGUUCUCGGAGCUGCACAACGCCUACAAGAACAUCUCGGAACAGUGGCUUCGGGAGCACGGCCGGCCCGGGGUAGGACCCACCACCGAUCUGGUGGUACGAUGGACCGAUGAAGUGUACGCGAAGAACUACUGCAAGCAGCGGGCAGCGGAGUGCUUCCGGAAGUUUGGAGUGUUCCCCUUGAAUCGGCGGGCCAAAGAGGGUAUUAGUUUUGUGACGAAAUGAAGCAAUGUUUAUAUAAAUGAUGAAUAAUUAGU